AUGGCAGCUGCCUCCCCAGCAGGGUCCGACAUGGAUCCUGCAAAGCUCUCAGUCCUUAAAGACUCGCUCUACGAUGCUUGCGUCGCCUCUGGGGAGACGCUGUUCUCCCAGGAGGACCUCCUCGACCUCGGCAUCACCAGCGAGGUCCACGUCCUCUCGACGCUCAUUCAGAGGCUGAUGACCGAGAAGCUGCUGAUUGUCACCAACAGGCAAGGCGGCGGGAUCCUCUGGAAGUGGCGCUCAGCUAUUGACGCUGAAAAAUACCGGCACCUGAACCGCGAGCAGGCCAUGGUCUACGAGAUGAUCGAGGACGCAGGCGCUGAUGGCAUCUGGUCCCGCACCCUCAAGGCACGCCUCGGCAUGCACGACUCCGUGCUCAAGGCCCACCUCAAGUUCCUCGAGAGCAAGGUCUAUAUUAAGGACAUGAAGAGCGUGGAGCACCCCAACAAGAAGAUGUACAUCAAGGCUAGCUUGCGCCCGAGCGACAAGGCCACCGGCGGGCCCUGGUUCACCGAUGGCAGCCUGGACGAGGCCUUUAUCUCAGAGCUUCUCAAGGUCAUCUUCGACUACAUCACGCGGCAGAGCACCUACCGCAGCGUGCACGUCGGCAGCGCCAAGAAGGAGAAGCAGCCCAAGAAGGGCAUCCUCAAAGGCGACCCCUCGAACCUAGGCAAGGGCAAGAAGCGCGCCGCUGACGACAUGUCCGCCGACGACCCCACCCCGCCUAGGCCCUCCGCGAAGCCACGCCGCGAGCACAGGCGGACCCAGCUCCUCCCCCUUCCCGCUGGCUACAACGCCUACCCGACCACCCGCCACCUCGCCGAGGCCAUCUCCACAGGGGGCAUCACGUCCAACACGACCCUGACCAUCGCCGACGUCCAGCAGCUCGUGGAUGUCCUCGUGUACGACGGCCUCGUCGAACCCGUGCGCGUGGGCAAGACUCAGGGAUACAGAACGGCGGGCGACAUGGGCGCCGGGCCGCUGAGCAACGGCCUGACCGAAGCACCAUGUGGAAAUUGUCCAGUCUUCGACCUCUGCGAGGAGGGCGGUCCCGUGAGUCCGGGAAACUGUGUCUACUUCCAGCGCUGGCUGGGAGAUUAA